AUGGCUCAGGACCUUCAUUUGGAUAAUAAGCAGUAUCGUAAAGUUCGCAAAUCCAUUUUCGUACAUAGACGAGAAGGACAUAAACGAUCUAAUUCACAACAGCAACAACAGCCCCAGCUCAAUAUACCACUCUCUGCACUCUCUCAACAUUCGGAUUUGAUUGAUGUCUAUGUCCAUGGCAAGGCAGAAAAUGGAGAAGAUGAGGAUAAUGAUUAUAAUAAAGAGUUACAUCGACAUGACCAAGGCAGCGUUAGUGAUAAUAAUACGGUCUGGAAUGCACUUGCAGCCUUGGAUCGCCAGAUACUCGACAAUUUUCAACCCACCCGUCAGGUCCAUCGAUUUAAGAAAGGAGGAGAUCGUGUCAAUUCGAUUGAUUAUUUGGUUCGCAAGUACAACAAAUUGGAUCGAAAAGUAGGCGAGCUGCGGGAUGGAUCUUUGAGAUACAAGUCGACAUCCUUUGGAUUUGUCACGUUCAAACAUCAUUUAUCUGCACAAUUGUGUGCUCAAGCCAAGAUCGAUUCCAGACCUCAGGGUCUGAAUGUGAGACUAGCUAUGGAGCCAAGAGAUGUGCUCUGGAGUAAUUUGACUUCUAGCUUUCGCAAUCGCUUCUCACGAUCUAUUGUGGUCAACCUGAGUAUUUGGGUGCUGACUAUUUUUUGGAUCUUCCCGACCUCGUCUUUCUUGCUGCUGACCUCUGCAGAUGCUUUGUCUGAAAAAUUCAAGUUCCUAGCACCGAUCCUCAAGGCAUCGCCUUUGAUUCAGUCAUUAAUACAGAAUGUGCUUCCCAUUGUUUUUGUCACCAUCUUUUUGGCCCUUGCUCCUGUCAUCAUCCUAGAAAUCACAAAGCAAGAGUUACCAGUGUCCUAUUCAGCCCUAGAAGGCAGAGUCUUUCGACGUUACUAUCACUUCCUGAUCUUCAACGUUCUGUUCGUCUUCAUGAUCGGAACUGCCAUAUUGAAAACUAUUCUCACAUUGAUUCAACAACCGACCAACAUUUUCACUCUUCUUGCCGAUAGUUUGCCUCUCGGAGCAACUUUUUUUGUCUUUUACAUUGUCUUCAACACCUGCACGCAUGCACUGGAACUUGUCCAGGUUUGGUCUCAAUUGAUCGUUCAUGCAUUUGCCACCGCUCGAAAAUUGACACAGACACCUCGAUCGCUUCAGCGAGCUUCUACGCCGUGGGCAUUCCAAUAUUAUUACUAUUAUCCGCAAAACAUUCUCUCUAUCGUCAUCACCUUUAUCUAUUCACUCAUUAAUCCAUUAAUCCUCGUGGCUGCUGUAGUAUAUUUCGCUUUUGCGCUCCUGGUCUUCAAGCAUCAGCUGGCAUACUGUUACAUCCGCAAAUACGAAAACAGUGGCAAAUUCUUCCGACAUGUUUUCCAGUACACAACUGAUGGCCUUAUCAUCUUUCAGAUCAUGAUGGUCGGAAUCCUUUGGUCAAAGAAGGCUCUCGUUGCAGGUUUCUUUUGUGUUACCCUGAUCGGAUUUACAGCUUAUUUCAAGAUUCUCUGUCACGAUCUAUUCAGAUCAAGGACAAAGUUUUUGCCG